CACAAUUUAAUGGGCGAUUUUGGACCUCAGUAGGGUGUCUCAGACGAAAGUGAGGUGUCUCGGUGAGACACAGGAAAAUUAUAUACAAUCGACAAUACGCAGCAACAGGUAUGGAAUUAUGCUGAUUAGACAUGUCAAUAGAUCUAUUUUUUGUAUUCUGCGAAGUGAAUAGGGUCUCAAGGGCUAUGCAUGAAUAUCGAGCGCAGAAAAUGGUGUCAUAUUCAAGCCGGAAACGGUGUCGUGAUAAGCAAACGGCGGGACAAGAGACAGACAACAGAAGCAGGCCAUCCGGCGUCGCCUGAUUCCGCCAGCUUGCGUCUAGAACGCGUUCUGUUGAACGGUCAAGGGGGAAGGACAGCGAGUGAAUCCAUCUCACGCUGUUGGAAACAGCCAGGCAAGUAGCUAGCUGCCCAAGGGGGGG